AUGAGGCACGCCAUUUCAAUAAUUGUAGCCACCGCUGUGGCUAUAUUCGCUGUUGGGAUUGGUGCGACAAAUACUAUUUUAUCAUCCGCCGGCCAAACGGUCAAGAUCCCUGGCUGGGACUUGCAAUCUGUGCUGCACGCCUCGAGUAACCUCACAGAACUAGCAAGACCCGGUGCUAAUGUAUCGAACUGGUAUAGAGUGAGCGCUCGCACAACGGCAAUGGCCGGACUAAUCGAAGCGGGGUUAUACAACGAUAGCGAUCUCUGGUUUUCGGAUAAUCUCAACCACAUUGUUGAUCGCUCUGUGUUCGGGACUCCAUGGCUCUAUCGUGAGGAAUUUACAGUCGAUAUUUCACCGACCCAGCAUUACUUCCUCAUUACUCAUGGGAUCACGUCUAAAGCCGACAUCUGGAUCAAUGGGAAGCAGUUGGCUGACAAAGAGCACCAAGCGGGCUCUUAUGGAGGCCAUAAGUACGAAGUGACGGAUUAUUUGCAGUCAGGUGCCAAUGCACUUGUGAUUAGAGCUUAUGAGACAAACUACCUAUUAGACUCGGCCAUGGGUUUCGUCGACUGGAACCCGUAUCCGCCAGACAAUGGUACCGGCGUCUGGCGCGAUGUCGAGAUCUCGCAGACGGGCCCUGUUACGCUUGCUCCAAUGCGAGUGAUUCAUGACUGGAUGCCUGGGAAAAGUGCAACGAAUAUUACGGUCAAAGUUAAUGCGACCAACUUCGAAAACAGAACCGUUGACGGAACACUUGCCGGCAAGAUCACGCUGGGAAGUCAACAAAUAGCCUUGUCACAAUCUUUCAGUCUGGGUGAAUACGAAGAAAAGACCCUGUCAAUGACGGGUGAGCUUCGAGAUCCGCAAAUCUGGUGGCCUAAGCUAUGGGGUCACCAGCCGCUGUAUACUGUCACUGUCACGGCGCGUGUCAACGAUGCGAUUUCCGACGUUGCAGAACCUCGUAAGAUAGGCAUCCGUUACGUCGAAUCCGGGUUGAACCAAUUCGGUGACCGCACUUUUGCCAUCAAUGGACAGAGAUUUCUUCCUCUUGGUGGUGGAUACGGGCCCGAUAUGUUCAUGCGCUGGGAUUCAGACUACGUGCGGAAGAAGUUUGAGUUGAUGCUUGAUCUGGGGUUGAAUACUGUGCGACUCGAAGGAAAGCAAGAACAUCCGGAGUUAUUCGACAUGGCUGAUGAGAUGGGUUUGAUGAUUAUGCCUGGCUGGGAAUGUUGUGAUUGGUGGGAAGGAUGGACGUACAAUACUGACGUCCCUGACUAUGUCCGGUUUGACGACCAUGAUUACUGGAUCGCAAACUAUUCAAUGCUGCACGAAGCCUCGAUGAUGCAGACACAUCCUAGCGUGUUAGCAUUUCUAGUAGGCUCGGACUACUGGCCAAAUGACCGAGCAGCAUCGAUAUAUGUUGAUGCAUUGAAGACUUGGGAUUGGCAAAACCCGGUGAUAGCAUCAGCUGGCGAACUAGGGUAUCCGGAAAUCCUGGGAUCGUCAGGCGUGAAGAUGGACGGGCCGUACGAUUAUGUGCCUCCGAACUAUUGGUAUGGUGGCCAAGUGGGAGCAGCAUUUGGCUUUGGGUCUGAGGAAGGGCCCGGGGUUGGCACGCCAGAGAUUCGUAGUUUGGAAAAGUUCUUAUCCGAAGAUGACCUGAAUGACUUGUGGACGCAGCCUGAUAAAGGGCUGUUUCAUAUGUCUAGCAAUGUUUCGUCUUUUUAUGAUCGAUCGAUCUACAAUGACGCUCUGUGGCAUCGAUACGGGUCGCCGAAUAGUCUGCAGGACUAUCUACUAAAGGCUCAGAUAAUGGAUUAUGAGGCAACUCGUGCGGAAUUUGAGGGAUUUGCAUCCCUUCAAGACGCCCCUCGACCGGCAACUGGAGUCAUAUACUGGAUGAUGAAUGGUGCCUGGCCGAACCUGCACUGGCAAUUUUUCGAUUAUUAUUUGAACCCUGCAGGCUCAUAUUUCGGUACAAAAGUCGGAGCACGUCCGGAACAUGUGUCUUUCAAUUACGAGAACAAGACAAUAUCUCUCAUCAAUCGUCUGAGUUCCCUUGUCGAGGAAGAUAAUGGCUCUCGAUCGAUCACCAUUGACCUUGUCGAUACAGCUGGUCACGUCCUGUUCCACAAAAGGCUUCAGGCGACUACGAGACCCAACUACUCCCAAGUAAUUGCUAAUAUCGCACAGGAUAUUUCCAAAAUCCAAGAUGUGGCAUUUUUGCGCCUUGUGCUUUCUUCAUCCGACUCAGAAUAUGACGAGGUACUGAGUCGAAAUGUGUACUGGCUCGCAGCCCAGAAUGAUGUGUUGCAAUGGGACGAUUCGAAUUGGUACUACACUCCCAUCGUCUCAUAUGCUAACUAUACAUCUCUGCAGAGCUUGAGAAAAGCCAAACUUGUAACGGAUGUCAUAGAGUUGGAGGGAUCUUUGAACAAAUCAACCACCACAUUGCAGGUAGAACUGAAAAACCAUUCCACCGACGUCCCCGCAUUCUUUAUCCGACUGGUUCUAAUAGAUGCAUCCACAAAUAAAAGUAUUAAUCCUCCAUUCUGGUCCGACAAUUAUGUGACUCUGUUUCCGGAGGAGUCUCUCAUUCUGACAGUAUCGUUUGAGGCAUCCUGGCCUGUCAAUCCGGCUAUUGAGAUGUCCGGUAGGAAUAUUGUGACACAUACUGUAGUGCCAGCUUGA